AGUAUGGAAGUACUAUUUCCAAAAUAAGUAAAAAAUGGGUGAAACAAAGUUGAGUGGCUUGAAGGAUAAAAGAUGGUCACUACAGGGUAUGACUGCAUUAGUGACAGGAGGAACUAGAGGCAUUGGUGAUGAAGAUAUAACAAGUACAAUUGGUACCAAUUUUGUAUCUGGCUAUCACUUGUGUCAACUUGGACAUCCACUUCUAAAACAAUCUGGAUAUGAGAAUGUAGUAUUUAUUUCGUCCAUUGCAGGUUUAAAAGCUAUUCCCGUUGCAUCUGUCUAUGCCGCCACAAAAGGAGCGGUGAAUCAAUUCACGAAGAACUUAGCAUUGGAAUGGGCAAAGGAUAAUAUUCGUGCAAAUUCUGUGGCACCUGGACCCGUCAAGACAAUACUUUUGGAAUCUGUCAUGGUAUGGUAUAUUCAUUUGGUCCAUGUAAAGUUUGACCCAAUAUAGACCAAAAAAAUAUAUAUAUAUAUAUAUAGGACUCAAUAGAAAAUUUGAGCAAUAAUCUAUGAAUCCGCAGAGAAAAAUAUCAAAAUUGUUAUAUUAGACAUUAUAAUUGGGGUUCAAAUCUUAGUCGGUUCA